AUUUAUUGUAAGAGAACACGAAAUGAGGAGAUCCAAAACUAUUUAGGAGAGAACAUGAUGCCUACUGUGAUGAAACACAAACUUUGAGGGCGUGGUUUAGUCCAAGUAUCCAUCCAUUUUCUGUAGCACUUAUCCUAAACAGAUUCACAGAGACCCUGGAGUCUAUCUCAUGAGACCUGGGGCCACCCUGGAGGAUCUGCCUAUACAUCACAGGGCACAAUGACAUGCACUCACACACUAGGGACAAAUUUACACAUGGCAAUCAGUCUAAAAGGCGUGUCUUUGGACUGGAGAGGAACCUGGAGAACCCAGAGGAAACCCCUGAGGUGCUGGGAGAAGUUGGGAACUCUGAUAUGAUGUUCGUUUGAAUUGAGUUCAUUUAUUUUAGGCCUAUAUAUUUGUUAUUAUUUAUCUAGAUAGAUAGAUAGAUAGAUAGAUAGAUAGAUAGAUAGAUAGAUAGAUAGAUAGAUAGAUAGAUAAAAUGUGUGUUAUAGUUUACAGUGCAACAGCCGCUCAGUUGAUAUUCCAGGGGGAAUGUGAUCAAAUCAAGUAGAAUUCCUAUUGCAGCUAAAUUUGGAAAGAAGUCACCGGACCAUUGGCCGAAUGGUGGCGCAUGCGCAUUGACGCACACCGAGGAGGAGCUACGAACGAUCUGGCAACCCACCGUGGGCGGACCGGUGAAGAAGUGAGUCUGUCGGUUUCGGGAGGCUGGUGACAGAUUUAUAUGUAGAGUGUGAAGCAAGCAGGUCAAGCAGAACCGGAGGAUUAUGGUGUCAUUGUGCCCGGUGGCGGCGCUGCUGCUGGCGGCGGUAUUGCGCCUGAGCCGCGGGGGGACCUUCACCUUCACCUUGAACUUCACCUGCCCUCCGAUCUGCAUCUGCACCCCGGACACACUCAUCUGCACCGGGCAAACCGAGGGCAAAGCCCGGGGAACAUCCUCCUCUAACAUCCUAAGAUUAGCGCACCUGCCUUUCACUGAAGUGCAAAGUGGAACUUUUCGGAGUCUCAUCAACGUGUCCAGAAUUGAAAUUUCCCAAAGUGACUCCAUCAGGAAAAUACGAAGCGAGGCGUUUCUCUCCAUCCACAACCUCAUCGAGAUCUCAAUACUGAACAUCGUUCACCUGUCGGUGAUAGAAAACGGAGCCUUCACAGAUCUCCCCAGUUUGAAAUACCUGAGCAUCUGCAACACGGGAAUAAGGCACUUCCCAGAUUUUUCCAGCAUCUCCGCUCUGGGACUGGAUUUCUUCCUUGAGAUUGGAGACAACAUGCAGCUAAACAGCAUCCCAGCCAACGCAUUUCGAGGUUUAUCCCAGACGGACACGAACAUGAAUCUCGUCCGAAACGGAUUCACUCACAUCGAGCCUCAUGCCUUCAACGGGACCAGACUGGAAAAGCUGAUUCUGAAAGACAACUGGCAGCUAAUCCAAAUCCACCACGAUGCUUUCGAGGGAGCCGAAGGACCGACUUUGCUCGACGUCUCGUCCACCGCUCUCCAUUCGCUCCCUGCACGAGGCUUGAGAGAGGUGAAGGUUCUCAUCGCACGCUCUACACCUUCCCUAAAGACCCUCCCACCGCUCGAGAACCUCGCAGAGCUUCAGGAGGCGGAGCUCACCUACCCAAGCCACUGCUGUGCCUUCAACACCUGGAAACGCAACAACAAGGAGACCGCGGUAUUUGGCCGCUUCAAGAACCUAACCACGCUGUGCAACAUGGCCGACCGAGUGGAUAGCAUGGAUCCACCAGACGAAGAUCUUAACGACAUCAAUUUCCACUACCCCGAUUUGGACUUGUGUGUCAGCAGUAUCUCCUUCAAGUGCACCCCAGAACCGGACGCCUUCAACCCGUGUGAGGACUUGCUGGGACACACCGUCCUACGUGCCGUGACUUGGAUUGUCACGGUUUUCUCGUUGGUGGGAAACCUGGCCGUUCUGCUCGUCCUGCUCCUGAGCCACCAGAAGCUGAGCGUCUCCCGGUUCCUGAUGUGUAACUUGGCCUUUGCGGAUCUGUGCAUGGGCUUCUAUUUGCUGCUUAUCGCCUUGGCGGACUAUCGCUCGCGUCAAGAGUACUACAACCACGCUACGGACUGGCAAACGGGCAUGGGAUGCGGUGUAGCCGGGUUCUUGACGGUCUUCUCGAGUGAACUGUCCAUCUAUACUCUCACCAUGAUUACGCUAGAGCGCUGGCACACCAUCACUCACGCCAUGCAGAUGAGCAGGAGACUGAGGCUUCGCCACAUGGUCACCAUGAUGGCGAUCGGUUGGGGAUUUUCCCUUUUAAUGGCUCUGCUUCCAGUUGUUGGAGUCAGCAGCUACACAAAGGUGAGCAUCUGCCUUCCGAUGGACAUCGAGAGUCCGGUGUCACAGGGUUACGUGGUGGCCGUGUUGGUCAUAAACGUGGCCGCCUUUUUAAUGGUUUGUUCCAGCUACGCCGGGAUUUACUUAAGCGUGCGCAACCCGAACGUUCCCACGCGUCACGGAGACACAAGGAUGGCCAAACGAAUGGCGGUGCUCAUCUUCACCGACUUCCUCUGCAUGGCACCCAUUUCUUUCUUCGCCAUCUCCGCCGCUUUGCACAUGCCUCUGAUCACGGUCUCACAAUCCAAGAUCCUGCUCAUCCUUUUCUACCCGAUCAAUUCGCUCUGCAACCCGUUUCUCUACACCAUAUUCACACGAGCCUUCCGCAGGGACACGUGUCUGCUUCUGAGCCGAUGCGGCUGCUGCCACGCUCGGGCGGAGUUCUACAGGUUGCAGGGUCUCUCAGGGGUCACCUUGACUCCCAGGAAGAAGAGGGUCAGGAAAUCUCACUCUAAACAAUUUCGAGCGUACAACAUCAAGCUACAGGGAUGUUUCUUCAACAAAGCUGCAACAUGAGCUCCAUGUUUCAAACUACUGAAUGACUGCCAUCUGUGAAUGCUGUACAUUCUGUGAAUAUACGGUACAUACUGUGAAGGCUCUUUAUAUGUAUAUAUACACACAUGUAUUUUAAUUUAUUACACAUAGUUGUUUUCUGAACUGUGAAACCACGGAAAACGUUGAAUUCUGGUUGAACUUUUUCAUUAAAAAUGAAUAUUUAUGGUUAGUGUUUGUUUAGUGGACAUGGACACCCAACCAUUUCCAAGCUCCUUUUCCUUAGCGACCGUCGCCAUCCGUCUUUACUUCUGGUGAUUCCUCAUGUAUACGUGUUGUCGACUACACACUAAGCCCUCAUCCCCGUCACUGCAGGAGCUGCUGUUUCCGUCGCUGCUUCCUCCGAGCCCCUGGAGCGCCUGCAGAGCCUCGGCGUUGAUCAUGCCAAGGAACUCGUUUUCCCCGUUAGGCCCUCGAUCCUCUUUCUCCUCCUCC